GGGCACGACGAAAACUCCCGAAGUACGAGGACAACUUCGUUCGAAAACCAACAGAUCUAGCCUACUAUCAUACCUUUCGAUUGCAACGAUGACGAGCACGAGAUAUUCUUCCCUGGCCUUGUUGGCCAUCAUCGCUUGUAACUCCGUGGCUUCCUUCGGCGGCGUGGCCCACGCCUUUUCUCUUGGUCCGUUCCCCGCUACCACUUCGACGAUGGCGCCCUCGGUCAGACGUUUUUCCGUUCUCCAUGCUUCCGAAGCCGACGAAACCGCCGCCGAGAAGCCAAAGAAGCAGGCUCCGCCACCGCCGCCCCCGAUCGAUGUCUCCAAGCUGGACAUCCGCGUCGGCUUGAUUGAAAAAUGCUGGGAGCACGAAGAGGCAGACAAACUUUUUUGCGAAGAAAUCAACAUUGGCGAGGACGAGCCUCGCAGUAUCGCAUCCGGACUCAAGGCUCACUACACCAGCGAGGAAAUGACGGGAAAAAAGGUUUUGGUCCUGGCCAACCUCAAGUCGCGCAAGAUGGUCGGCUUUCCUAGCCACGGGAUGGUUCUGUGCGCCGUGAAAGAGGGCGAGUCGGAAGAUGGCUCGGAAGACAUUGUCGAGCUCCUAUCCCCGCCAGAGGGUGCCGUUCCGGGGGAUCGAAUUGUUUGCGCUGGAUUCGAGGGGGAACCGGCUACCGAGAACCAGGUGAUCAAGAAGAAAAUGCUCAACACGAUUUUUCCUGAUCUCAAGGUGAAUAGCGAGGGGGUUGCGGUCUACAAAGACGUCCCAUUGGCGAUCGGGGAGGGAGACGAGGCUUCGGUUGUAACCUCUGGAUCACUGAAAGAUGUCAUAAUCUCGUAAAUGAAAUAAAGAAACAAUCAUAUU